AUGUUGGCCGAUGAUGGCAUUAUUGUAUCUGGCUUCUCAACGGUGAUUACCAAAAACCGUACCGUUGACAAUAUCCCUUUAGAUACAGCGGCUAGUUCAAAAGAUGUAUUCGUCAAAGAAUUCGAGACGGGCACUUACCUCAACAUCAAAACACCGGUUGCUGACAAAAUCGGAACCCCCAGGAAAUGCGGAUUACAUGAAGGCCUACGUCGGGGAAUAAUACAUGAGCGAUACAGACAUCAUGAAGAUUCAUGGUUCAUCGUAUUACUCAUCUCAUUAUUACAUAGUACUGGUACAAGUGAUACUGCUCUCAUUCCGACUCUCAAAUGUUUAAUCGUUCCAAACAGAGAAAACAUGGAUAAACCCAAGAUUAUAAUUAACUCUCAUUCCAAAGAAAAACAAUUCAAAUUAAUUCUCGAUACUGGAAGUAAUAAUUGGAUAUCAUUGAUGUACUUUUCGGAUAAUGAUAUCCUUAAGGACUCUAUCAUUAACCAAAAAGAUAAAAUAAUCAAGUUGAAUAACAGUACAUACAAAAUUAAUUAUCAAGAGUCGAAUCAAUUACAUUGUAAUGUAAAAGCUCCAAGAAAACAUGUUACCGUAUCCAAUGAUAAUCAGUCACAGUCACAUAAUCUACUAGAUGAUGAUGAAGAUAUCAAAGAACAAGUUACAAAGUUUGUUGAAAGCAUCCCAUCACAACUUUGUGAUAUACUGGUUAAAACUAAUCCAGAAGAAGAAGAGAUACAAGCAGUACGUGAUUUCAUUAAUGAUUCAUUCGAAGAUGUUAUAGUAGAUAAAAUCCUGAUAUUCCAGAUCAGAUUAACAAUUCCAGAAGAGAAAGAUCAAGAUGUUGAACCAACAAAGAAACAAAUCUAUUACUCAACAGAUGAUCAUAAGAGACAUGUCGAAGAAAUGGUUAUCAAAUUUAUAGAUUUAGAAGAGGAUUCAUGGCGUGUAGUCCACGACUAUCGUCAACUAAAUAAAGUCACUAUUAGAGACGAUCAUCCAUUCACUCCGGUUGAUAGUCUUUUAAAUCAAUGUAAAGAUUCAAAGCUUUUCUCAAAGUUUGACAUGAUUAUGGGUUAUUUCCAAGUGUUAAUUAAUCCAGAACACGCAAAGUACACCGCUUUCAUUACACAUAUUGGUAAAUUUGAAUAUACUAGAAUGCCACAAGGUUUAGUCAACUCUCCAUCCACAUUCGCCAGAUUGAUGGUCGAAAUAUUUGGAAAAAUCAAAAGUUUAUUACAAUACUUUGAUGAUCUUUUGGUUCAUUCAAAACUCGACUACAUGGUACAUUUCAUUGAAAUCAUUAGAAUGCUUCUAUAUUGUAGAAAGUACCUAUUAUUCAUUUCAAGAGAAAAGAGUGAAAUGUUAAAGACUGAAGUUGAUUUCCUUGGUUUUCACAUUCAUAAAGAUGGUAUAUCUCCAAGAGCUGCAAAGGUUAGAGCUAUCUCUGAGUUACCUGAACCAAGAAACGCCAAAGAAGCUGAAGCUGCAUUAGGUCUUUUUGGAUUCUUCAGGAGACACAUUGAAAAUUACGCUGAAAAAACCUAUCACCUUUCCAAAGAAUCAAAAGGAAAAAACAAGAAAACACUUUCUGAUGAAUCACUCAAAGAAUUCAAUAAUCUAAAGAAAGAGUUUGAAGGUGAAAAUAUUGUCGCUAUUCCAAUGGGAUGA